GCCCUUAUUGAAGGUCCUGCGCGAAACCCUCCACAGCCUUGUAUUCAUUAUUAUUUUCAAAGCCACCCGUGUGUUCAUCAAGCAAUUUUUCUGAUAGCCUACAUAAACAAUUCGCAAUGUUUAUCGCGACAACAGUUUUAACUCGGACGGACAAACUGACAAUCUCGUCUUCUGGUCAGUUUUUGGAAAUGGGGAUGCGUGGAUUUUUGUUUUAUGCCUUUUUAGCGACUUUUGUCGAUCUGAGUCGGGCAAGUUUGACGAAUUGCGAUGAAGUACGGAAAGUUUAUCAACUGAAGCAAAUCGGACCAGUAAAAUCAUUACCUGAAACGCCUAGAACAGGUUCAGAUCUCCAAGUUUGUAUGUCCAGGAAUCUAACGUGCUGCACUAAGAAGAUGGAGGAACGUUAUCAGGUGGCUGCGCGACGAGACAUCCAAAAUCUUCUCCAGAUAUCCAGCUCUAGUCUGAAGUUCCUGAUCUCACGGAAUGUGGCUGCUUUUCAAGAAACUGUCGAGUCUUUGGUGCGUCAGGCGGAAAACCACACCCAUGCUGUCCUCCUACACACCUACAGAGAUCUGGCCAAUCAUGCGGCGCCCCCUGUUGGUGAGUUCUUCACGGACAUUGGCCUCUUCGUGUUGGGUUCUGAGUUCAGCCUGGAAGAAGCUUCACAACGUUUUUUCGAUGCCCUCUUCCCUCUUGUUUACGAGCAAUUGGUCGAGCCAGGUCUCUCCCGCUUGGCUCCUGCAUACGCGGAAUGCGUCCGCGCGGCCUCUCGGGACCUGGCGCCUUAUGGCGGGGCCCCGGGCCGCCUCGCCGCACACAUCUCCCAUGCCUCGUUGCCCGGCCGGGUGUUUCUUCAAGCUCUUCACUUGGGCGUAGAGGUCAUCAACACUACCAACCAUGUUCAGCUUAGUCGCGAAUGUAGACGUGGCUUACUACGGAUGAACUACUGCCCGCACUGCCAGGGCAUGACCGCUAGCAAGCCCUGCAUGGGCUACUGCCUCAAUGUGUUCAGAGGGUGUCUAGCCAGCCUGGCCGAGGUGGAUUCCCAUUGGAGGGAGUUUGUGCGCUCAUUAGAAAAUGUUUCCACCCGCAUGCAUGGAACCCAGGACCUGGAACAGGUGCUUUUGGGAGUGCAUGGACUGGUGGGAGAUGCAGUGGCGCAUGCACAGAGAAAUGGACUUCGACUUUCAGCACAGGUACACAAGGUGUGUGGUCACCCCAACAGACAGCCGGAACAGGCAAGCAGUGUUCAACAUGGCAACCGUGGCAGAGACUCGAUACCUCUUAAAGGGCCGGUCAGAAACACAGAAGACACCCUCAGCAUCAUGAGGAAGGAGUUUAUAAACAGUUUGCGUCUGUAUCGCACAUUCUACGGUGGCCUGGCGGAUCAGCUGUGUGUGAGUGAACUCGCCUCUGGAGACGGACUGGCCUGCUGGAACGGUGCAGAUGUUGUCAAAAGCUACACGCUUCGUGUGGUUGGCAAUGGAAUUAAAGCUCAGGCAGAAAACCCAGAAGUCAAAGUGAAGGAGGCCGAUCCUGUAAUCAAUCAAGUCAUUGAUAAACUGAAGCACAUCAAUCAGCUGUUGCAGGGCAGGUCGAUCCCAAAACUGGGCACCCUGGACCAAAUCGAGACAGGAAGUGGAGACGGGAACAGCGGAGACUGUGAUGAUGAAGACGGAUGCUGGGGUUCGGGAAACGGAGCAGCCGAGCGAAGAAGAAUUGUCAAGAUAUUGGUGCCGGAAAAAAACAACAAUCACAGAUACCAUCACCCACAAACAGAGGACUUUGAUCGGACGAAUUCUGGCACAAAAAUAACGCAAACUGUCCCGCUGACUCUGAUGUUAUGUGCAUUUGCACUGUUGUCAUGGUAACAUCGAUCAGCUGGGGUAACCCAGUCUGAAGACUGCUUUUUCAACAGUUUUUUUGGAAAGCAAAGUAAUGUGCCAGCUUUUAAAAAGUGGAGUGCUAAAAUUCUAUUUUUUGCCGAAUGAGAAGGUCCUCUUGACUCAAGAGAUACUUGGAACAUAAAAAGGCAAAACUGGCAUUGUUGGCAUUGAGGACUAUGUUAAAAGGGAAAUUAACUGAGAGUGAAACAAUUAAAGACAAAACUGUCCUUUCAUGAACCUUUUACAUUACAAAGUUUAUAUCUUAAAUGUAACGGCUACUAAGAAAUUCUGCAAAUGUUUUACACUGCCUUUAAUGCGCUUUCUACAGUGGUCAAAAUAACACUUUCAGAUAAUUAUUUUUUUUAUUCUUUAAUGAUGUAUGAUAUAUUCAGAGCAUGGUUCGGAAUGAUGCAAUAUUUCUGAUGUCACGUGCUGUUUUUGGAAUACUUCUUGGUACCAUGUACCUAAAUGACCUCCAUUUUAUUGUAUUUUUUUUCAACAUCUAGUUUUUAAGUGUACUGUUGAUUCUUUCAAUUGAAAUUGUGUUAAAUGCACCAUAACAAAAUGCAUAAAGAUUUAAAAUGUAUGUAUUCUUGGUUACAGAAUGACACUAAACAGAUGUAAUUAAAUUAAGUACCCCACCCAAAGGAAGUGUAUUGUAUAUAGUUAAAUAAUGCAAGCACUGAGCAGUUGCUAAUAUAUGAAAUUCUCAUAUUUUUUAAG